AUGAACAGUCUAGUAGGAGUUCUCAUACGAUUUAGGAAAGAGAAGGUAGCUCUAGCCGCAGAUAUUGAAGCAAUGUUUCACCAGGUGCGUGUUAUGGAAGAAGACUGUGAUGCUUUAAGAUUUCUAUGGUGGCCUGGUGGUGACAUCAUACAGCAGCCAAAGUGCUAUCGUAUGAAGGUACAUUUGUUUGGAGCUACAUCAUCACCCAGUUGUGCAGCAUAUGCCUUAAAGCGUACUGCAACCGACAAUGCCCGUUUAUUUGGAAAGGAAGUGGUUUCUACAGUAGAACGAGAUUUUUAUGUCGAUGAUUGUCUGAAGUCUGUAGAAACGGAUGAUAAAGCUAUCAAGCUGGCUACAGAUCUGCAAACACUAAUGAAGUUAGGCGGAUUCCGACUUACGAAGUGGUUAAGUAACAGUAGGGCUGUACUGAACGCUAUUCCAGAAUCUGAACUCGAACCAUCUGUCGUCAAUCUGAGUCUAGACGAAACUUUACCAUGUAAUCGAGCACUUGGUGUACAAUGGAAUAUCGGCUGGGAUGACCAGAUACCACAGAGCAUCAACAAUGAAUGGCAAACCUGGUUAUCAACCUUACCUUGUCUGGAGAAUGUGUCUGUAAACCGCUGUUUCCGACCAAGUGACUGUGUUAAAUCUACGGAACUGCAUAUAUUUAGUGAUGGAUCCGAAACCGCCUAUGGAGCCUGUGCUUACCUUCGAUUUGUUGAUACCUAUGACAAUGUAACAUGUUCUCUAGUCAUAGGAAAAUCUCGUUUAGCCCCGAUCAAACAGAUGUCUAUACCACGUCUUGAGUUAUCCGGAGCUGUUGUCGCUUGCCGUAUUUAUGCGAUGUUGUCCGAUGAACUAGAUAUAAAGAUUGAUCAAGUUACCUUCUGGACUGAUUCUAUGAUUGUAUUAGGAUACAUAAAGAACGUAUCAAAACGGUUCAAGACAUUCGUUGGCAAUAGACUCAGCAUUAUACAUAAUACUACCUCACCAGACCUGUGGCGCCAUAUUGACACAAAGUCGAAUCCCGCAGAUAUAGCUUCAAGAGGCAUACAUGCGAAUGACACUAAGAAUCUACAUAUUUGGCUAAAUGGACCAGAUUUUCUAAGAAAAGAUCAUACUCAGUGGCCACAGAAUCAGCUUGCACCGGAAGUAACCGACGAUGAUACAGAAGUGAAGAGAGAAGCCAAGAUAAACAUCACAGUGACUAAUAGAAGUCUAGAUGAUAUCAUUGAUCGCUACUCAAGUUGGACUAAACUUAGAAGAGCAGUCGCGUGGUUACUUAGAUACAAGGUAUUUUGCAGACAGAAAUACUUAAAUCACGAACUUGACAUGGACGAAGGAAACUUAACAUUAGCGGAAAUCCAGAAAGCAGAACAUGAAUUAUUGAUACAUGUACAACAGGACACAUUCGCAAAUGAGAACAACUUGAAACAAUUCAAGCCAGUCAGAACUGAUAGCAGCAUUGCAUCUCUAAACCCCAAAAUGUGUGACAAACUAAUCCGAGUACGAGGACGUAUACAAUCUAGAAACCUGAGUAAAUGUCCCAUUAUACUACCAAGCAAGCACACUAUUACAAAAUUAAUAAUUCGACAUAUUCAUGAGAAUAACGGUCAUGCCGGAAAACAACAGGUACUUGCAAUCUCGCGUGAGAAGUACUGGAUAGUUCAAGGACUGAGUGCUGUAAAAGGUGUAGUGAGAAGUUGCAUGGUGUGCAGACGACAACACUCCCCCCUGCUACAACAACAGAUGGGGCCUCUUCUUGAAGAGCAGACGACACCAGAUGAACCCCCUUUCACUUACGUUGGAAUAGAUUACUUUGGUCCACUGAUUGUAAAAGAAGGUCGCACACAUGUGAAAAGAUAUGGCUGUCUUUUUACCUGUCUUUCAACUAGAGCGGUACACCUGGAGGUCUGUCAUAGUUUGACAACUAACUCCUUCGUCGCAGCAUUUCAACGUUUUACCUGUCGCAGAGGAUAUCCAAAGAAGGUGUAUAGUGACAAUGGCACGAAUCUUGUAGGUGGCGAUCGUCAGCUGCGACAGUCGAUACAAGAAUGGAAUUCUUCAGCAAUAGGGAAAUAUAUGACAGAAAAGGAAAUAGAAUGGCACUUUAACCCGCCUCAGGCGAGUCAUAGAGGAGGAGCCUGGGGAAGGAUGAUUCGUUCCACACGAACAAUUUUAAAAGCGUUGGUCAGGCAACAAUUGCUCACAGAUGAACAAUUAGUUACGCUGAUGACAGAAACUGAAAGAAUCCUGAACGAUAGACCAAUAACCAAGGUUAGCGAUGAUCCUGAAGACAUGUCUGCCCUCACACCAAAUAUGCUACUACUAAUGAAGACUAACAGUAGUAUUCCAAGGGGAAUAUAUAAUAAGAAUGACACAUAUGUAAAACGAUGGUGGAAGCAGGUGCAAUAUCUCUCUAACGUUUUCUGGAGAAGAUGGAUACGAGAAUACUUACCAGCUAUACAACAGAGACAAAAAUGGCAAAGAAAGACCACAGAUUUACGUGUAGGUGAUAUUGUGCUAGUGUUUGACGAAAGUACGACAAGAGGACAAUGGCCAUUGGGAAGAAUUGUAAAAACAAACAAAAGCCGUGAUGGACAUGUACGAAGCUGUAUUGUAAAGUAUAAAAAUACACAAACAGUGAAACCAAUUACGAAGUUGUGUCUACUUGAAAGUUCAGCUUAA